AUGGCUUCCCCACCCCAGACGUACAACCCCGAACAACUGGAACUCUACCUGGAGCGAAUCGGGUAUGCCAACUCGGUCAACCCCACGCCAGACAGCACUACGGGUCGGCUGCAACAUGUCCUGCAAUCAAGUGAGCAGGAUCGCCUGGCGACCUUGAUUGAGCUGCAACGACGGCACUUGGCCGCCAUCCCGUGGGGAAACUCGGCCUUGCAUUACUCGCAGCACCGGUCCAUUUCUGUUCACCCCGCGUGUAUAUUUGAUAAAUUGGUCGUGCGACGUCUGGACGGGUAUUGUAUGGAAAAUACCAACUUGUUCUAUAUGGUGCUACGGUCCCUGGGAUACUCGGUUUAUCCAACUGGUGGACGGGUGAGCACCGCCGUGGCCGGCGGGAACCAGACUCCCGGUAGUGAGUUGUAUAUGAGUUUGGGACAUAUGGUUCUUAUUGUAACUAUCGACGGUCAAAGAUACAUGGUUGACGUCGGGUUCGGCAACUUUGGUCCUACAAGUCCACUGCCGCUCAAAGAAGAUGGCGCCAUCGCUGUAUGCAUGGCGCCGGCUGAGAUGCGUCUAGUCAAAGAUACGCCCAUUGAAUUCACCGAUAGAAGUCAGAAGCUCUGGAUUUACCAGAUCAGACACAACCCGGAAAGCAACUGGAUACCGCAGUACUCGUUUUCCGAGGUGGAGUUUCUACCGCAGGAUUUUGCCACUAUGAACUACUCUACUAGUCACCGGCCGACUAGCUGGUUCGUGCAGGCUUUGGUGUGCACACGGGUCAUCUUGGACGAGACAGGAAAUGAGCCGAUCGGCAUCUAUAUCCUGGCCGGCAAGGAAGUGAAGAAGAGACUCCGUGGGGAGACAGAGACGCUGGCGACUUUCGAAAAAGAAGAGGAUAGGGUCAACGCUCUGGCUAAGUGGUUUGAUAUGCACUUCCUCGAACACGAGAUUGAGGGGGUUCGGGGCUUAGUAUCUCAGAUUAAAUAG